AUGGACUGGUCUUUAGCUCCGCACAGCCUGGAAUUCGAUGGUGAUGGGACGCUGCUGUCCAUGUACGUGGUGACUUACUCCAAGGCGCUGCCCUACAGCAUCUUCUUCGUUAUAGCUUGGGGUGCCUACGACGUGCUGCUGAGACUAGCAGGAUUUGGAGACCAGAUUCGCGCAGUCCGCCGCGGAACUUGGGCGCUGAAGCUGAUGAAUCUUACCCAUCAUGGACUCAUAACGCCUUUGGCAUUGCUGAGUAUGUGGCAAGAUCCAGUCAUUCGGCAGCUGUACGCUUGCUUCGGCUGCAAUGAGGCUGCAGCUCUCAUGAACCGUGCGGCUGCCGCGCCUUUGGCCGCGAGGGCGCUGACCCCUGUGACGAUCGGGUACUUCACAGCAGAUUUGCUGUUGCUAAGCCAGUGGCAGCUCACCCAGAGCUCCAAAGUUGAGCGGUACCUGAUGCUGGUACACCAUAUCGCCUCAAUGGCGGUGUGGCCGGCAGCCGUGUAUUUUGACUGGGUUGCAAGAUAUGUGUUGAUCAUGCUAUCCUACGAGAGCACGAGCCUGCUGCUCACGCUCCUCUGGAUCAUUUCUGCUGCUGGAUAUAAGCAGCGCCUUCUCUGCAGGGAAGGUUUGGCAUAG